UUGACUUGUAAAAAUUAAUUAUAAUAAUAAUUAAUAAUGAUCUACAGUGUUAUAAUUUGUAGUUAUGAACUUAUGAACGACAUGUAUAAUAAUAAUAAUUAUAGAUAAUUAUUACUUAUUAGUAGGGAUAAAAAGUAAGAUUCAAGAUUGUUUUUUUUUUAAUGUUCAUAGGUAGUUCCACCUGAUAAAUAAAAUAUAUUUAAUAAGAUGGAAAAAAUUUUAAAGCCAAUUGGUUGUGAAGUGCGAGGAAUUGACUUAAAAACUGAAAAUAGACCUGAAAUUAUUAAACAAAUACAGAAAGAUGUCACUGAACAUAGAAUGUUAAUAUUUAAAGAUCAAGGAAUCAUAAGUGGUGAUAGGCAUGUUGAGAUCAGUCGUUGGUUUGGAGAAUUAGAAUCAACAUUCUACAGGCAUCCGAAAUCGCCUCAUCUUGAUGUGUUUCGAGUAUCUAAUGAUAAAAAUGAAGGAUGUACAGGUGUUGGGAGAUCAGGUUGGCACAUAGAUGGAACAUUCCAACCAGCACCAUUUAGUUAUUCUUUAUAUCAUAUGGUGUCAGUACCUAAAGAAGGACAUACAUUAUUUGUUCCACUCACCGAAUUAAUUGAAAGUUUGGAUAAAGAUACAUAUGACACGUGGAAUAAAGCUUGGAUGGUCAGUGAUAGAAGAUCAUCGCCUAUCCAUCCACUGGUAUAUAGUCAUCCUCUAACAGGCAAACCAGUAUUGUGUUUUCAUUUGGGAAUGACAACUGGUUUUAUUUGGAACUAUAAACUUCCAUCUGAAACAACUGCUAGCCAUGAAGAAUAUGAAGCACUUUUAAAUUCAAUAGAGAGUAAAAUAAAUCAAGAUAAUGGAAAGUAUAUAUAUAUACAUAAGUGGGAACCAGGCGAUUUCAUUAUAUCUGACAACUUAGCUGUUGGACAUUUUGCUCAUUCAAGUACACAGGCACCCAGAAGUGAAGUUGGCCUCAGAGUACUACAUAGAACUACUGUUAAAGGAACACAUCCACCAAAGAAAUAAAAUUCGUAUUUUUUUAAACCAUACUUGCUGUUAAUAUAAAGGUUUCUUAAUAUUUAUUAUAUAUUUUAUCAAAAAAUAUAUAAAUUACUAUAUUUUUUUUUUAUUAGGUACCUAUUUUUUUAUUUAUCUUAUAAUAAAGCUAAUAUACUAUUCUCACUUAAUCAACUCUGAAUAAAUCAGUGAUAAUACCAAUAUGUUCAAGUGGCAUUACUUAUAUUUUAUUUUUUAGGA